AUGUCGAUGGCUACGGCAUCCGCGUCGGCCUCCAGUGGAAUGAGCAUGGGAGGAUGCAAGAUCUCCAUGACCUGGAACUGGUACACGGUUGGAGCCUGCUUCAUCUCCAAAUCAUGGCAGGUCACCUCGGGCGGCAUCUUCGCGCUCUCUUGCAUCGGCGUUAUCUUGCUCGUCAUCUCUCUCGAGUUCCUCCGCCGAGUCCAGCGCGAGUACGACGGCUGGAUCCGCCGCAAAGACCAGAGAAUUUUGGCCUCUCUAGCCACAUCUGCCGCCGAUGGACGUCACGAGAAUGGGUAUGGGGCCUCUCCCUCGUCCGAACAGGAUGCGGAUUCUGCAAGAAAAACAGUCUCGAUGAUGACGAGUCCGCCACUUCCUGAAAGACCUCUUCUUCAUCAGCAGCACCGGACUGUUGAUCGAAUGACCCUUCUCCAGCGCCAAUUCGUGCGCUCCCUCAUCCACAUGGUGCAGUUCGGCGUGGCAUACUUUAUCAUGCUGUUGGCCAUGUAUUACAACGGAUACAUCAUCAUCUGCAUCAUUAUCGGCGCCUUCCUCGGCUCUUUCAUCUUCAGCUGGGACCAGCUUUUGACUGAACCAAAAGGAAAGCCCGAGGCGGCCGACAUCACCGGGUGCUGCGGCUAG